AUGUCAUCGUCGAGUAAAAAAUUUACUAUUGCUGUCGAAGGAAAUAUCGGUUCAGGGAAGAGUAGUGUACUUGCUCAUCUUGCUAAUUCUUCAUUAUGUGACAUUGUUGCUGAACCUAUUGAUAGUUGGACAAAUUUGAAUGGACAUAAUAUUCUAGCAAUGCUCUAUGACGAUCCACAGCGAUGGGGUUUUGCUUUUCAAGCUAAUGCACAAAUGACAUUAGCAAAGCUGCAUGCGCAACCAACAAAAGCACCUGUUAAAGUUAUGGAACGAUCAAUUUAUAGUGCUCGACAUUGCUUCGUUGAAAAUUUAUAUCGAAGCAAAAUUCUUCAAGGUGUUGAAUAUGAAAUUUUAAAAGAUUGGUUUCAACUGCUUAUUUCGAAUGGUUCCUGUCAUCUCGAUCUGAUCAUUUAUUUACGAGCAACACCUGAAACAUGUCUGCAACGUAUUCACGCGCGUAAACGAUCAGAAGAAGAAUCUAUUAGCCUUGAUUACUUACAAAAAUUACACGAAUGUCAUGAAGAAUGGCUUAUAAACCGACAUAAUACAAAUUUAUCUAUUCCUAUUCUUGUUGUUGAUGCCAAUCAAACAAAAGAGCGUGUCUAUAACGAUACCAAUACUCAUGUUGAAAAUCUUGUUUCAUAUUAA